CUUUGCUCGUUUGUUCCCCCCCGGAAUGUUUUUCGCGUCGCUCCAGUGUUUCCGGCGUCCACUUCUUUGCAGUAAAUCAACGCAAAUUUAAAGUGUCCUCUUCUACCUCGUCUCGUCCGCAAUGGCUGGAAACUUCUGGCAAAGUUCUCACUAUCUGCAGUGGGUGCUGGACAAGCAGGACCUCAUGAAGGAACGACAGAAGGACCUCAAGAUCCUUUCUGAGGAGGAAUACUGGAAGCUGCAGAUCUUCUUUGCCAACGUCAUUCAGUCUUUGGGAGAACACUUGAAGCUGAGGCAACAGGUUAUCGCCACCGCUACUGUCUACUUCAAACGCUUCUAUGCAAGAUAUUCACUAAAAAGUAUCGACCCAGUUCUCAUGGCUCCGACCUGUGUUUUCUUAGCUUCCAAAGUGGAGGAAUUCGGAGUGGUUUCCAACACGAGGUUGAUCUCUGCAGCCACGUCUGUGUUGAAAACAAGAUUCUCAUACGCCUUCCCAAAGGAGUUCCCUUACCGAAUGAAUCAUAUAUUGGAAUGUGAGUUCUACCUGUUGGAGUUGAUGGACUGCUGCCUGAUCGUGUACCACCCAUACAGACCACUUCUGCAGUACGUGCAGGACAUGGGCCAGGAGGACAUGCUACUGCCGCUGGCCUGGCGCAUCGUGAAUGACACCUACAGGACCGACCUGUGUCUGCUCUACCCUCCCUUCAUGAUCGCCCUGGCUUGUCUACAUGUGGCCUGCGUGGUGCAGCAGAAGGACGCCAGGCAGUGGUUUGCAGAGCUCUCCGUGGACAUGGACAAGAUCCUGGAGAUCAUCCGCGUCAUCCUCAAGCUGUACGACCAGUGGAAGAACUUCGAUGACCGCAAAGAGAUCGCCGCCGUGCUCAACAAGAUGCCCAAACCAAAACCGCCUCCCAACAGUGAAAACGACCAGAGCUCCAACGGCAACCAAAGCAACUCGUACAACCAGUCGUAACGCCGGCACAAAGAAAGGAGUGAUGAAGACAUCGCAUUAGACUUUGACCCCCUCCCCCGACCUCUAGUGAGCUGCCCUUGCCAUCAAAAAGGAGGGAGGGGAUGAUGACGAUUGUGAUGGUAAUGAUCAUCCUCACCUUCUUGAACGUGAUGCAGGAGGACUCCUUUUCAUGACAAAACUUGAUCACAACUCUAUCCGUGGCAGCAAGUGAGUAAAGUGUGUGUGUGUGUGUGUGUGUGUGUGUGUAUUGCUCAGGGUGCAAUAGUAUUGUCCACUCGAAGUAAUCUGAUCCUUUCAAAUCCAUCAAUUGCCUUUUUCACCACAUCCAUUUUGUAAAUAUGUUCAUAUUCAUUCAGUCAUGAUGAUUCCACUUUAAUUUUAUUUUUUGUUGAAAUGUCAAUCUUAGAUUUGGUUCGCUCCCACUCAACUGAAAGAGAAGCUCUUUCUUGAAACUUUUUGUAAAAAGAUUGGCAUCUAUUUACUCGUGGACUUGAUAACCUGUGCACAAAUGUAUGACCGUGUAGUUUUGCGUUGUGCGUGCAUGUACCAACGACAAGGUACUUUGAAAGCCUUACAAAAUAAAAGCUGCUGACAUUAGAGAGGAGACGGUGUUCCAUUUCAGGGUGUAAAUUAGGACGUUUCUUUGCUGGAGAGGAUUUUGCCGCACAGUCCUGAAGGGUGUUGGUUGUUUUCCUGAGUGAUUUCUGUCUCACACGCGUCACUGGUGAUUCAUAUUAAGCAUUUUAA